CACGUGGGGAGGAGUUGCUGUGUCACCUGUAUUCUACUUACGGAAAUUGGGCGCCUUGAAAGCUGAUGUCUAUCAGCCUGAUUCUUUCUACUGUGGUUCUCCGCCACCAGAAGCCCUUUUCUUGUUCAUGCAUACCUCAUCGACCAUAAUCACCAGUCUGAGCUUGCUGAGCUCUUUCUCGUCAAUGUACACUCGAACGCGUUUAUGAUUCGAUCAACAUGCAUGUUGGUUCUUUCCUGCUGACGGGUCUGACGCCGAUAUUCGGGAAAUAUGAGUUGUUAUCUCAAUGUGCAUGGUGGAUUCGACUGUUGUUCCUCACCGUCUUUGCCUUGACGAUGGUCCCGCUCAUACUUACUGCUUGGGCACUUGUUGCUUAUGGGGAAAGAGGUCCGGAUCGUCGUCUCAGUUGUACCGAAAGACUGGGCAUCGAAGGAUUUGAGGGAAAUUCCGAUUUUUAUGGCCUGGGCGUUCGACUGGGCCUCUACCUUCAAUGGCUGUCAAGCUUGAUUGCGAAUCCCUUUCUGCAUGGCGAGCGGCGAAGUAUGGCCGGCGCAUAUCUUGCAUCUUCGCUUGCGCUGACAAUAGCGCUAUUUAUACUCGUUCUUCGACCUGAGUGCGUUUUCACGGCGGAAAUCAUGGUCAUGUUGAACAUCAUCUGGGGCGGGACGUUUCAGGUAAUGUCGCCAUCCAUAGCCGAGUUCACACAUCGAAAAGAUUUUGUCAUGGAUGGAAUACAAGUCGCCUUGAUGCUCGUCAACGGGAGUGUCAUAAGCUUGUCAGCCUGGUUUUGGGUACGAAUGGCGUCGGUUGGGGAGACUGACUUUGUGGCCACUCCUGGUGGAACCUCCUACUUCCUCUUCUCACAUGUCAGAGGAGGAGACCUGGGUACUGCCAGCCGAUUCAUGGCAUUUCUGAGUAUCUGGUCGUUCUCCACCCCAGUGUUGGCUAUACCCAUCUAUGCUGUACACAAGGCUGGGCUCGUAACAUUGGCGUCGGUCCUGGCUUUGCUCACGGUACAAGGUUUCAGUCGUAUGGCUGGAUUGGUCUAUGCGUGGAUCUUCGGAGCCAUACUCGGGGUGGUCCCUCCGUACAUUGCUUAUUUCACACAUACGGUCGAUAAGUGGCUCGCAUUCCGGAAGGACAUGAAUCUUGGCAACUGGUGAAUUCAUUGAAGUCCGUUUGUGUCAGAACCGUGCUGAUGGCUCUCAAUAGGAUUGUUGCGGGCGAAAUGUUUCUCUUUUUCAUAUAUUCAGUACUGAGCAUUGAGCUCAUCAUAGCAUGGAAUGGGAUCUCGGAAGUGAAUGGUAUCGAUAGCACCAGCCAGAUCAUACUAUUUGUCCUGGGGCUUGGACUCUUCACGAAUGUCAUCUGGAAAAUGGCACGCAAAGAGAAGGUAAGACCG